CACUGACAAGACCUUGCUGGGAGUUGUUCUGCUCACAACAUUGCCGUUAGGUUUCAAAUCUGCAUCAAUGAGGACCUGAACUACUGGGAAUUGUUAGAAUUGUGUGGACAAACAUUUCCUGUCUAAAGGUCGAGGUCAGCAAACUUCUGACACAAAGGUCGCACGUGAAGUAACAUCGCAUGGCGGCCACCUUGUGAGUAGAUCAACAUUUGUGUAGUAAGUGUUCCCACCGCUCCCAUGAGAUCACAAGGAUACAAGUCUAUGAAAGACGCCACAACAAUAAACAUGGAUGAGCUCACAUUUCUUAUCGUUGGAAAAACUGGAAAUGGUAAAAGUUCUCUGGCAAAUCUGAUACUGGGGGAAAGCAAGUUCCAAGUGUCAACCAGCAUGACUUCAGAGACUACACAGAUGUCUGAAGCUAUGGGUGUGGUCAAUGGAGAGCAAAUUAAGAUAGUCGACACUCCUGACCCAGUGAACCUUGACCUCAGUAAGACAGAGAUUUCAGCGGAAGUAGCUCGCUGGAAGUCUCAUGCUGUGGGCAAGUUCGCCAUCUUGCUGGCGGUGAGGUGUGACGUGCGCUACACGGCGGAAGAAUACGACAUCUACAAGAAAAUCAAGAUAGCAUGGGGAGACAACUCAUUCACUAACCACCUGGUGGUGGUCUUCACGUUUGGAGACAGACAGGACAGGAACAUCCACGAGGAGCUGAAGACAGUUUGCUUGGAACUGCGCAGUGUCCUGGCUGAUGCUGGGAACCGCUAUGUCAUCUUCAACAACCGGGCUCACGACAGUGAAUCAGAGAAACAAAAGCUGAUGGAGUAUGCACGAGCUCCUGUCGUCCCACCACCUUCUAGCAACUUAAUCAACAAACCUGUGCUGCUGAUUAUUUUCGUCCUUAUCAUCCUAAUCAUUGCUCUCUGGCUUGCUCUGCGUUGAAGAUGAAACUUCCAGAAAACUCCAGUGUUUCUUGUUGCUGUGAUGAUUAUUGUCAGUGUUAUCGCUUUUGGUUACAAAAGAAGAAUAUUCUCCUGUAUAAACUUUGCCAUGCUUAUAAACAUCUUUCCCUUUUUUUCGCUCUCAUCCUCACCCCGCUAAAAGUAUUCACUUUCAUUGGCAAAUGACAUUUAGUGGAAUAGCAGUUAAUGUCACCUGUAAACUGCUUAUCUAAUACUGUAACUAAAGAGGGUACCUUACACGUUUUCUGAGUAAAUUGUAGAGCACGGCCAGUUCUUUUUUUUUUUCUUCUAAAGAACAGCUUUUAAUAAGAGCAAAUAGAGAGGCCAGUGUUAUGGUAGUAAAGGUGGAGUUUCUUGGAGUUUAGUUUCAGACUAUUUAUGUCGCGGGCACCUUGAAUGCAAAACGGUUUAGUUAAUAGGCUAAACGAAAACUUUUAAUGCAGUUUAUUUUAAUUAUUUUACUAAUCUGAAUAUAGUGUGUGCGUGUUAGUGUGAUGAGGAGCGGAGCGAACUUUUAUACAGAGAGGACAGUGUCUGUGUAAGUAGGAUAUUUAGCUAAAAUGGAGACCAAUGCUUUUACUCUUGGUAAUUAAAUCUUAUUAACUUUUUUAUUACAAAUAUAUUUUUUAACUUGCCUUGUUUGCAAUAAUACAUUUUCAGCUAUUAGAAGGGUAUAAAUAUUACAAAAUAAAGAUGUGUUGUAUAUUAACAGUGAAAAG